AUGGCUUCUGUCUCCCUCUUUGUUUUCUUCCUCCUGUCAUACCUCGUGUUGCUUAUUUCGGCCGAACAAGAAGAUAACUGCCAUCCCUUUUCUUGUGGAGAUCGUCUGGGCCUUCUGGGCCCGAUCCCCUUCCCAUUCGCCAAUAUCACACACCCAAAGUGUGGUGUUGUCAUCGUAAAUUGUACCGAAGAAGCCGCGAUGAUUCAGCUGGUGACCGAUGAAUCAAGACAGUACGAACUUAUAAGCAUCAAUAAGCAUCGGCCUAAUGCUUAUGUCCUGCUUAUCCAGAACCAGACGCUUUUGAAGAACUUGCAUUCGGCAUUCAUCUCUUAUAAAAUCAUUUCAAACAAUCGGACCUUUGUCAAAUGCAAAAGCACUGUCAAUAAUCCUGGCUGGAAGCAAUGGAGCGAUUUUGAGUGCAGAGACAAAUAUAAACUCUACGAUCCUCUUUCAAGCGAAUCAAGCGAUCCUCUUCCAAGCGAUAGUAUUCCUGGAUGUUCCAUUAUUCAGCUUCCAAUAAAGCCGCCGCCAAGUGACAGUGACCAGAAUUCACCAGUCGUAACCGCUGAGUUGGAACUUAUAGUGAAUGUGUCUGAAGAUUGUUCCCAGUGCCAUGACGGAGGUGGUCAAUGCCAGCUUGACCGCAAGAGAAAAUUUAAUUGUGCAAAGAAAGGGAAGAAGAGUAAAGUGUUGGCGAUAGCCUUGGCGACUUUAUCUGUUGCCAUUGGAGUUCUGAUAGUCAUUGGCCUCAGCUUCAGGCGAAAGUUUAGAUCCAUUUUGAAGAAUGAAAGUCUAACACAUCAGAAUGUCGAAACCUUUCUAAGGAAUAAUGGACCCUUUGGUAUAAGAAGAUACAGUUACUCAGAUAUAAAGAAAAUGACCAACUUCCUCAAAGAUAAAUUAGGCCAAGGAGGUUAUGGUAGCGUCUACAAGGGGAAGUUACAAGAUGGGUCUUUGGUAGCAGUAAAAGUUUUGAAAGCCUCAAUAGGAAAUGGAGAGGAAUUCAUAAACGAGGUUGCCAGCAUUAGUAGGACCUCACAUGUCAACAUUGUUACCUUUAGGGGCUUUUGUUUUGAGGGUUCCAAAAGAGCUCUUGUUUAUGAAUUUAUGCCUAAUGGAUCUCUAGAGAAGUUCAUAUAUAAAAAAGAUUCACCAUCUGAUCAUCAAUUGCAGUGGGAAACAUUGUAUAAGAUUGCAGUUGGCAUAGCUCGAGGAUUAGAGUACUUGCAUAGAGGUUGUAACAAUCGAAUCUUGCAUUUUGACAUAAAGCCUCACAACAUUCUUUUAGAUGAGAACUUUUGUCCAAAGAUCUCGGAUUUUGGCCUUGCAAAAGUAUGCCCUAGAGAACAAAGUAUCAUAUCAAUGUUGGGUGCAAGAGGAACUGCAGGAUAUAUAGCUCCAAAAGUAUUUUGUAGAAAUUUCGGAAGGGUCUCUCACAAAUCAGAUGUUUACAGCUAUGGAAUGAUGGUUUUGGAAAUGGUUGGAGGUAGAAAGAAUAUAGACGCUGAGGUUGAUCGUACUAGUGAAAUAUUCUUUCCACAUUGGGUUUACAGGCGCCUUGAACUCGAUGAAGAACUAACAUUGCAUGGUCUCAGGACUGAAGAGGAUCGACAAAAUGCAAAGAAGAUGACAAUAGUGAGCUUGUGGUGCAUACAGGCUGACCCAUCAAACCGGCCAACAAUGAGUAGAGUUGUCGAAAUGUUGGAAAUGAGCCUCAAUGCCUUGCAAAUUCCUCCUAAACCUUUCUUGUCUUCCCCAUCAAGAUCAGAAGCUGAUUCUUCGACUAUAGUGGUUCUAUCUCAUUCUGGUUCUAAGGUUCCCUAAAAAAAUAUUUUUCUUGAAUAGGAAAUCUUAAUUCUCGAAAGCAAGUUUGUAUAUUUUUCAACUUUAUCAAAUAUUAGCUUGUCGAUGCACCUUCAAUUGAAGCGCUGCCCAACUUUAACUGCCUAAAAUAUGCAGUAUUAUCUGGCUUGAUGGCUCGAUCACAUCAUAUUCUCUGGCAUUAUCUAACUUCAUCCCUUGUCUGGGUUAUCAAAUCUAUCUAAGGGUUGAUUGAGAACA